GUACCUCAAAGCCUUGCUCAUAGACUUACUUCUUGGUGGCUCCGAGACAUCGUCAACCGUGAUUGAAUGGGCUAUGGCCGAGCUUCUCCACAAUCCCGAGUGGAUGGAGAAACUCCAGCAAGAGAUUGAAAGCGUGGUUGGGCGAGAUCGAAUGGUGGAGGAGUCUGACUUGGCGAAGCUGGAGCUCGUCAACGCUGUUAUCAAGGAGACAUUUCGUCUCCAUCCCCCGCUGCCCCUUAUGAUCCCACACACGUCCCCGGAGCCUCGAAUAGUCGCCGGCUUUGAGAUUCCAGCAAAGGCGACAGUGGUCAUCAACGCAUACGCGAUUGGAAGGGACUCCCAGGCUUGGCCAAAUGAUCCCGACAAGUUCAAGCCUUGGAGAUUUGUUGGCAGCAAUACCAACGUCUAUGGCCAUGACUUUGAGUUGCUUCCGUUUGGAUCAGGAAAGCGAGGUUGUCCAGGGCUUCCUCUUGGGCUGCGGAACGUCCAGUUGGUGCUCUCAAACUUGAUCCAUGGGUUUGACUGGAGAUUUCCAGAUGGAAAGUUGUCCCUUGACAGUGUCAUCAAUGUUAUUGCGGAUGUUGUUCAUCAAGCCCAAGUAUCACCAAGGCUUGAGCAGUGUGUCUUUGACAAUCUUAAAACUUAA